AUGGCUCUUGGUGGUAAAAGUGGUGUUAAUGAACCCACUCCGAGCGCCGACCAUUCGAUAUCUGGCCCCCGAAAAAGCCCCAAAUGGACCACUGAGCAAAACUUGGUGCUACUGAGUGGGUGGAUCAAAUAUGGAACCGACAGCAUUGUUGGCAGAAACCAAAAGAACGAAUCAUUUUGGGGUAAAAUUGUUGAGUAUUUUAAUGAGUUUUGCUCAUUUGAUCCUCCACGUAGUGCAACUACAUGUGCAACUACAUGUAGAAAUCGCUACAACUACGUGAACACAAAACUGGGAAAUUGGAUUGGCGCUUACGAUAACGCUAAGCGUAUGCAACAAAGCGGGUGGUCGGAGCAAGAUGUAGUGGCGAAAGCGCAUGAAAUAUAUUCAUAUGGUGGUAACGGUAAUUUCAAUUUAAUGAAAGAAUGGAUCUCUGUUCAGGUAGGAGGAAAUACUAGCUUUGGAAGCAGUGGAUCUAAGAGAGUUCACGACAGUGAUGCUAGUGACUCCAACUCUGUAGGAUCCAAUGCUCGUCCAAUGGGGAGGGAUGCAGCUAAGAAAGCUAAAAAGAAAGGUAAGGGCGCAGUCUUGGAAGUGGUCAACGAAGAGUUUAAUGUAUACAAAAAGAUCAAGGAGCAAGAGUUGAAACGCUUGGACAAUAUAGCCAUGAUGAAAGAGGAGGCAAUUCGAAAGCAAGAGGAGUCAAACAUAGUGAUGAAAGAAAAGACUAGGGCUAUGAAUAUGAAGAUGUGGAUGAAGCUAAGUGAAAAGAACUAUCCAUCAAAAUUUCCUUUUGAUAUCGAAGGUUACAAAAGGCAGUCUGAAAUUAAAGAUAUGUAUAUCCUCAACUAUUUUAGUGAGCGUCGUAAGAAAAUAGAGGAAGACUUUCCACCUCGCAUGAAGAGAAGAUACUUCAAUAGAGAAUUGCAUGAUUCAAGUGUGCAUCGCGAAUUGCAAGCAGAUCUAGGCAAACACAUAUGGGCAAAGUUCGGAAUGUCUCGUGAUUAAAAUGAUUUUAAAUUUUUGAGUUGAGUCUAUUGUACUAGUUAUGUGAGUUUUAUUGGUUGU